CCAACCUCCCCUACACAACUCGCAGUCUACGCACAAGCUGGAGACUAGAAAGGCAACUGUAAGUCUACAUAAUGCUCCGAGAUGACAAUUGGUGGCACAUAAUGUUGGUGCCCAUGUUGCAGACUAGUCACGAUGGGUUGGCACAAUUUGUGUAGACGAUUUUCUAGACUUUCUGCAAAUCCUGCUUAUCCACAUGUGUACCGUAGCCAUAUAGCCUAUGAGACCUGGGGAAUGAAUGAUCUAAAGCCUUCCAUAGCCUUUGACAGUUAUCGAGUCAGAUCUACGUACCUGCGCUGCUGAUCAAUUCGCGUGGUUUUCAUUUCGAGAAAUGACAAGACUUUGUGAGGUCGUAAUGUGGGCUUUGGUUCUUCUUCGAGCAAUUUAUGGUAUACACGCAGACUUCAUAGCACCUCUGUGCAAUGCAGAUGAAAACUCGGGGUUAACCACGGACUGCGCUCAAGUAAUAGCAUACCUGCAGGACCUGGGGAGCAUGGACUGCUGUCGUCAGCAAUACCACUCCGUCAACCACUGCACCACCUUACACACCUCUAGAACUUGCAGGGCCCAGAUUUGCGGUUUUCUCCUCCAUGGCAUUACGGACCGUUGUCAACCUUGCGAGAUCGUAGCCGAGUACGUGCGAACUUUGACAAAUGAAUGUGCAGUCUCGAUUGAUGGGGUAUCACGGUCCGGUGGAGCUGUAGUAAUGAAGGAGGAUCAGGGCUUGAUAAUCGUCCUCUUAUAGAAGUGAUUGCCUUAAGUGUUACAUUCCAGAACCCUUCUCGAGAAACAGGUUCCAACCGAUAAUGAUCAUAAUCUAGUCACGAGAUGAUCCUUUCAAAAUCACAGAAUUAGCAACAAACAGGGCAUUCUGAUGACUGGUGGAAACGAGUCUGCAGUUAGGGUAAUACAAGUAGCAAAGCUUAAAGAUGGCAAGUGUAAGAAGAAAAAGAGACAAGUGUCAGAAUUGAAGGGUCACAAUUGCGAUGUCUCGCAUAUCCUUAAAAGAUGAUACAAAGAACACUUACAAAUCCCACGAUAGAACAUCCAUAAGACAAUGGCAAGGAGUAAGUUGUCCUCAAUAUCCAAGUUGAAAACCAUUCCAUAGCUUCGAA